CACGCAGCCACUCCACUCUUUCACUUACGGUAUUUAUCACUCAUUUCUGGGUUAUUGCUGUAACGGUCAUCACUCUUCAAUCCUCCACAUGCCCUUUAUCACAUACCUCUACCCUACCCCUACUCCUCCUCUUCCUCCUCCUCCCUUCCUCCCAAGAACUCCCUUCUCCUCCCCCUCAUUAUCGCCUCACUGACACUCCCUAUCACCGUUUGCUAUCUUCACCCCCCUCCUCCGCCACUUAAUUCUAACCAAGAGCUUGUCAGUGUUGCUACAAGUCUAUCAUUACUACCUUAGAGCUUACAAAAAACAAAGCAACGAAGCCCACAUAAUCCAUAACUGCAAACAUGCCGAAGUCAAACACACCCACACGACAUUCAACCUCGCCGGCAAAGUCCGCAGAGCCUCGACCAGAGAAUAUAUUCCUAUUCAUCCCAAACCUGAUAGGAUACUCUCGAAUUCUUCUCGCUGGUGCCUCGCUAUAUUACAUGUCCUAUCACCCGCACUAUUGUACAAUCCUUUAUUCCUUUUCUUGUCUCUUGGAUGCUCUGGACGGUUAUGCCGCUCGCAAAUUUUCUCAGUCGACCAAAUUCGGCGCUGUAUUGGACAUGGUUACGGACCGUUGUACUACCAGUUGUUUGCUCUGUUUCUUGUCUUCGGCUUAUCCGAAAUGGGCAAUCUUGUUCCAGGGACUCAUCAGUUUAGAUUUGGCUAGUCAUUAUAUGCACAUGUAUGCAUCUCUCGAUCGUGGUGCAGGGUCUCACAAGAAAGUAGAGAAGAAACGCUCUCGAGUCCUAAAUCUUUAUUACUCCAACAAUAAAAUUCUUUUCGUAUUUUGCGCUGCAAAUGAGCUCUUUUUCCUCGCAAUGUACCUCCUUAGUUUCCCGCAAUUCUCCUCGGAAAUCCACUCUUGGCCGUGGAUAGUUGCCAUGGCCACUUUCCCGAUUUGCGCCGCGAAGCAAUGGAUCAAUGUUGUUCAGAUGGUUAAGGCUGCUGUUUCACUUGCAGAGGGUGAUAUGGAGCAAAGGAGAAAGAUGUUAUAGAGGCACCGCUUCUUCAAUAGUUGUUUAAGCUGGACUCUCGAUGACGCCGGAAAAUAUAAAAAUGGGGAUCUCAGGAUGUGCGGCCGUAUGGGUUAACGGAUAGAAAAGACGCAUGUUUCCAGGGACUGGAAUUGUGGCGACGGUGGGACCGAGUUGGAUGAGAUUGCAUGGCAGGGGAGAGGACUGUUCAGACAUAGACUUGGGGGUGGUACUUUUGCGUUUGUUUUUGGGACCUUUGACUCUCUUUGCGACUGGUGUUGCCGGCUUAGUGUUCUUCUCUUUCUUUUCAUUAUAGGAUUUUAUUACCCGUUUCCCUAGGAAUCUCGUAAUCUGCCAUCGGAAAUGCCCGACCUUUUCAGUCUCAAAUUUGAUGCUUUUGGUUCUUUCUUUACCUUUUUUUCCCUUCCCGCUUCCCUUCGAACCCGUUUUUUCUCUUUUUAUCUGUAGAAAUAAUUUCCCCUUGUUAUGACUGCAAGAACAGCCUUGGAAAGGGUGGAACCAAUCAGUUGGUGUUUCUUUUGUACCUAGCAACGUAAUGCCGGGCCGAAAGUCUAACCUUCAAUUCAAUGCCAAUUUU